UUUCAACGCCGCCACUUUUGGAUUUUGUUGUCGUCGUGCCAACACCACCUCGAGCCACCCGGCACCUGUAUCUCCCACUGUACCUGUUGUGCACACUCAAAGACUCAAUCAAGAUGAACGGCCACGGAAACGCCAAGGAGAAGGACACCGUCAAGGUGUACCUGCGCGUUCGUCCCUUGACGGCAAAGGAAAAGACGGCUGGUCCAGAGUGCAUCAGCCUCCAAUCCACAAAGCAGAUUCAUUACCGCAACCCAAAGAACAUCAAGAAGGUGCUCGAGUACGAGUUUGACCAUGUGUUUGGUCCAAAGGCAGAUCAGAUUGAGCUCUUCCAAAAGACAGCAUUUCCACUGGUGACUGAUGUGCUUCGCGGUCAGGACGCCCUCCUCUUCACAUAUGGCAUCACAAACUCGGGCAAAACCUACACCAUGCAGGGAAGCGAGGAGGACCUGGACGGCAUCAUGCCCCGCACACUUGAUGUCUUGUUCAACAGCAUCAAUAACCAGCGCGCCAAGUGGUUCACCUUCAAACCAGACGAGUCAAAGGGCACCAUCGUCGUGCGGGAUGCCAACGAAGCCAAGGACCUUCGUCGGAAGCACCGCCACGACCAUCCCGAGGACCGCGAUGCCAUGGAUGUCGACACGUCUGUGCCGAUUCAAACGCGCCGCCGGUCCUAUGAUCCAAGCUCGCUUGCGCUGGCCGAUCCAGACACGCGCUUCUCCAUCUUCAUCUCGUAUGUGGAGAUUUACCGCAACUACGUCUACGACCUCUUUGACGACCGCCCCAUGUACACGCCAGACGCAUUCAACCCAAAGAGCCGAGGAAAGCCGCUCAAGACGAGCCUUGGAGUGAAGCUCGGGCGCGACGGACAGUACUAUGUGCAGGGUGCAACGUGGAAGGAGGUGCACAGCACGGAUGAGGCGUUUCGCCUGCUGGAAGAAGGCAAGGCCGUGAGGAAAGUCGGCUCCACCAACCUCAACAGCCAGUCCAGCCGCAGCCACAGCAUCUUUACCAUCAAGGUUGUUUCUGCACCGCUGAACCGCAAUGGCUCCGAUGUUGUUCGCGACGACGACAUUCCACCCCACGUCGCCCAGAUCUGCCUUGUUGACUUGGCUGGCUCCGAGCGCUGCAUGCGAAGCGGCAGCAAAGGAAACCAACAGAAGGAAGGCAUUGACAUCAACAAGUCCCUCAAUAAGCUGCGGGAAUGCUUUCAGGCACUACGGGACAUGCAGCAGAAAGGAAAGAAGAAACGCAUCCAGUACCGCGAAUUCAGCCUCACCCACCUCUUCCAAAAGUACCUGAUGGGCCACGGCAAGAUGAGCAUGAUUGUCUGCGCAUCUCCAUCCUCCCCUGAUGCAGCGGAGACAGCAAGUGUUCUCGACUUUGCCAAACUCACCGGCGAGAUUGAGACAAAUGUCUCCGAGGAAGCACCAAUCUACAAAGGAUACGAGGAAGGUCGCGGCAUGCAGUGCCGCCUUCAGCGCCGCGCAAGACGCAAAGCAGGUGGCGGAGAGACAUCAUUGUCGGACAUUGAAGAAAACGAUGGCGCAGAGGCAAAUCAGGAACCGGGCGCGUACUCUGCCGUUCAGAAGGAGCUGGAGGAGAUGGCCAAAGAUCAGUCGCCUUCCAGCGCAUAUCGCUCCGGUGCCACGGUCGGCAAGCGUUCCAAGCACCUCGAAUCACCGCACCUUGCUCGUGCCAUUGGCGACAUUGACCAGCACAUGCACAAGAGCCUUGCCCAGAAGCGCCAACAGAUGGAGGACGCACAGCAGCAGUUCCGCACUCACCUUCGCGAAAAAGAGAACACGUUGAUGCAGCAGACAAUUCGCAUCUCGGAGCUGACGGAACAGUUGACGGAGGAGAAGUUGCGCUGUGACUCUCUCGAGAAGAAGACGGAGGAGUUGAUCCGUGAAACAGCAGCAACGCGCACAGAGCUCGAAUCACACAUUUCGGAGCAAAAGGAAGAUAUUGAGCGACUGACGGCCGAUUUGUCCACGACGCGUCGUCGCAAUGAAUCCCUCGAGCGCGAGAAGGCAGAGCUCGAGUCUCAGCUGCACGCGAUGCGGCGUGAGCUGUCCAAGUACGAGGGCGAGUUGCGGGAGAAGGACCAGCGCACACACAUGCUCACGCGCGAGUACCAGGAGAAGAGCACGGAGCACAAGGCACGGCUGGACAGGAUGGCGGAGGCCGUCAAGUCCCGUGAGGAGAAGGUGCUGAUGCUCAAGGAGCGCAUGGAACGCGCGCGCGAUCGCAUUGAAAAGCGCGCGAAAAACACACCCAAUCGUCCGCUCUCCAUGCGCAGCGCCCCAUCGCCGCCCAAGCAGCCGAAUCUGGCGGAUGUUGUGGACGAGAACGUGUCGCCAGCGAAGAGGGCGAAGUCGCCCGUGCACGGCCGCCACCACCGCGUUGCCGACGCAUAUGAGCAGAAGCGCAAGAGCAUCGCGCCCGCCAACAACAGUGAUGAUGAUGAUGAUGAAGAAGACGACCAGGACUACAGUCGCGGCAGCCGCCAAGUCCUGGACGCAUACGCUGACGACCAAGAGAACGUUGCUUCGAACAACAUUGCGAUGACGACGGAUGAUCCAAGCAAGCCCGCGUACAACAAGGUAUACAACCAUGUUCCACAGAACCACAAGACAGCCAAGGGCACAAUCCUGCAGAAUCACAACAAGCACGGCAGUGUCGCCAGGCCAGAGCUCAAGGGCUUGAAACGGCACGAUUACUAUGUCCUCAACCACGCUGAUUCCCCAAACAAGCAAUCUGUGUUCAAGGGCCCCAUUAUGAAGAGCAUCUCGAAGGAGGGCUACUCUGUGCGGCUCACGGGCGAGGAGCUGUUGCGCUUGAACAACUUGGCCGAGGAAGCAAAUGACGGGGUGUCACCAGCAAAGCAUUUCAAAUCUGCCGGACAAUUUGCAGAGAAGGCUGUCCUCAGCCCAAUGAAGAAGAUCCCACGUCGUCGUCACAAGUGAACAAUGCACCAGCAGUCCCCUGCUGGUACCUGUCCCCAUCACCACAACUUCACAGGGAUAAAGUCGACAUGGCUUCUUGAUGCUUUUGCUUGCAAUGCGCCUGGCCAGAUCCCGUCCCCCCCCCCCCCAACAGCCAAAAAAUCAAUCAUUCAUCGCCCCACAUGGCUUGACAUGCUCUUGCUUCUUGCCCUGUUCUGUUCUUAUCCGUGAUUUCAGCGUGUGCGAGCGCACAAAACAGAGAGAGAUCAAGGGAGAUUUAUUGACCCGCGUGGGUGCGCGUUGAAGACGUGUCACCCACAAACGAAUACACAGAGACAGACAAG